GUCGAUGUCGGUUAACGGUAGCAGGACCGGCAGAUUUAAGCAUUUUGCAUUUAAAGGUUCAAAAUCUCCAAGCUUUCUAGAUUUCCUGAAUCUCAAGCUUCUGUGAUUUCUGAUCGUUGUUUAUUGCAUUCCUUACUGAUUUUCUUUCCACUCACUCUACUGUACACGCUCCUCUAGUACACGAGGUACCUUCUGGAUAGACGUGAACCGCUACAUAAGAAUGGAAGGAGCUAAAAACCCUCGGAGGGCUAGUUCGGUUAAAGAGUCUAAAUUAGCUCUUCUGGCAAAGAUGCGUGAGGCAAAAGAGAAAGGCGAACGUCUUCGUAUAGAAAAAGAUGAGCAACCAGUAUACGAAACAGUUGAUGAAGCAGAGUAUGCUGAGUUGGUUAGGAAACGUUUGGAAGAUGACUGGAUCGUUGACGAUGAAGGUGGAGAUUACGCGGAAGAUGGGCGGGAAAUAUUUGACGAUAACGAUGAAGAUGAAGAACCAAGUGAUUUAGGACCGAAAGCUAAGAGUAAGGUCUCAUCUCAGUCAGCAGCAAAGAAGAAGCGGCUUAAUCCUGAUAUCCGGGCUAGUGAUUCAGCUCCACUGCGUCCUUCUGUUGGUCGUGAUAUUCGGAGUUUGUUUGCUGCUUCCUCUGGACAAAAUUCUAGUAAGAAACGUAAAGAAAUGAAGGAUCUUUCUGUGGAUCCGAACCUAGACGAUCUGUUGGCAGAAUUAGAGUCUUCUGUAACGGAACCAAAACUUCAUAACUCUGAUGAUUUAUCACGAAGAAGUCUCUUAGCUUCAAAACGAAACCCUGGAGUUAAUCUUAAUAUGGUAAAUACGCCUACUAACUUGAAACAUCGUUCACCUGAACGACCACAGCAAGCUAAUCAUACACCUAGCGGACCUCACCCACGACUUUCUUUGGUGUCCGGAAAGAGUUGCGCCUCACCUACUUCAUUUGAUCAGCGAUCACGUAACCCUUUCUCAUGUCGGAAACCUGCAGAAACAGAACAAAAAUAUGAACCUAGUAAACCACAAAUUACUGAAGCUAUUUCUAUUCCACCGGAAGAGGCAACAUCAAUGGUUUCUGAAGUGGAUGAGACCGACUUUUCGGAAGAUUUUGAAAUGCAGACAAUACCGAAACAAGUCGAAGCUGUCGUUCAGUCACCAAAACCAAUAAGUGGAUCAAUUAUACAACCUAUAACUAGUGUAACUGCUAACUGGUUGUCUGAAGAAGGUCUAGCUCAAGUUGAUGAUGCAACUUGGACAGAUGAAACUGAUCCAGUUUCGUUUCCUAUUUCAUCAAGUAAAGGGAACAUCCUUUACUUUUAUUGGUUUGAUGCUUAUGAGGAUUUCAAACAACUACCAGGUAUUGUUUACCUAUUUGGCAAACUUUAUGAUCACUCAAAGUCUGGGACUUAUACCAGCUGUUGUUUGCGCGUUAAAGACCUUGAACGACGCAUAUUUUUAUUACCACGAACAUCAAUGCCUGAAAAUGGUGAGCUUCCUACUGCUAAGGAUGUUUACAUGGAGUUUAGAGAUUUGACUUCACAAUAUAAAAUUGGAAAGUUUAGGUGUAAAACCACUGAAAAACGCUAUGCUUUUGAGUUUGCCGAUGUUCCAGAAACAAGUGACUAUUUAGAAGUCCGUUAUGCUGCAUCAUAUCCAGCUCUGCCAGUAGAUCUUCAAGGGAAAACAUUCUCUCAUGUUUUUGGAACGAACACUUCUUUUCUGGAAAAUCUAAUACUUGACUUACAGUUACGUGGUCCCUGUUGGUUAGAAAUCAAAGAUGCGUCACAAGUUCAACCUCAGAUAAGUUGGUGUCAAAUUGAUUAUGAAGUGACUUGGAGAUCAGGAAGUGGUUGUCCUAUCACGAAGUUGUCUACAGUUAUUGAAAAUCAAAAAUCAUUAUCAGACACUACUUCAGACUUGAUGAAAGUUCCACCAGCACCACCUCUGUGCUUGGCUGCUAUAAAUAUCAAGUCAGUUACAUUGAAACAUUCAAGUCAUUCUGAGAUAAUUUCAAUCGGGCUUUUGAUCGAUAAUGCUUAUCUUCUUGAUAAACCGAUAGAAAAGAGCCUUUUUCAAACACAUUAUUUAGUUUUAGCACCUCCAAAAGAUGCAGCUUUACCAUAUGAUCUUCGAACGAAAUUACCAACCUAUGGAACUCAGUACAGUCCUCCUUCUUCCACUUGGUUAUCUUCGAAUUCAGGACUUUCAUCAACUCCUACCGUAGAAAAAUACAAAAACCGUCCGAAUGGAGAUUCAUCGGGAGUUGGUGGAGUUGAUAUUGAACCUAAUGAACGUGCAUUGUUAGGUAGAUUCUUGACUCGCAUACAUAAACUUGAUCCUGAUUUAAUUAUUGGACAUGAUUUAUGGGGACAUCAGAUUGAAUUGCUAAUUCAAAGAUUGAAUGCUAAUAAAGUUCCUCAUUGGCACCGAGUAGGACGUUUACGACGUUCUGCUAACUUCCAAAUAAAUUUAAACAGUCGGUCUUGGCUUAUUCGUCAUUCUAUACCUGGUCGUCUUGUUUGUGACACUAAAGUAUCUGCUCGUGAAUUGGUUCGAUCAAGAACAUAUAAUCUUUCUGAUUUAGCCAGUCAAGUUUUAGGAGAGGUUACUUCUAAGAAAGACGGCAAAUCCUCGCAAGGCAGUUUACUUCCAAAACGUCAAAUUCCACCCAUCCUAAUCAGUCGACUGAAUGGAAACACUACAUCUGUUCGUGAUAAUGACCUUUCAGUUAUGGGUUUUGGUGCAGAAUUAGCAGACAUGGAAAUAGAUUCUGCUGAUUUGCGAUGUUUGUUCUCUAAUUCAGACUUGGUUCGUCAACUCAUUGAUUUUUGUCUUUCUGAUGCACACCUCGUUCUUAGAUUGUGCCAUCAGUUACAGAUUUUACCUCUUGCAAUGCAGAUUACCUCUAUUUGUGGUAACGUACUUAGUCGCACUUUGUCAGGUGGUCGUGCGGAGCGUAACGAGGCUUUACUUCUUCACGCCUUCACUCAGCAUGGAUACAUUGUUCCAGAUCCACCGGUAUCUCAUCGUGGUGCUCCUAAUACUCGUCACGAUGAAUGGGAUGGUAUUCAAGAGCAAGCAGUUGAAGAAGUGGGAACUGGACGUAGGAAGCCGGCCUAUACUGGUGGAUUAGUACUUGAACCAAAGAAAGGAUUUUAUGACAAAUACAUUCUACUUCUGGAUUUCAACUCUUUAUAUCCAUCUAUUAUACAAGAAUUCAAUAUUUGCUUUACUACUGUUGACCGUGAUCUUGUAGUGACUAAUUCAUCUGAUAAAGAGCCUUUAAAUCUGGAUACCAUGGUCACCACUCUAUUAGCUACUAUUCAUGGUGAUUCGAAUGCCAUAUCUCUCGCCAAAUCUGAUGACAAAAAAAUUCGGCUUCCAGUAGAUCAAGAUCCUGGUUUAUUACCGGCAGAAAUUAGACGUUUAGUUGAAUCACGCAAAGAAGUGAAAAAGUUAUUGGCAAAUACAUCAUCUGGUGAUGCUGCACAACGUGCACAAUGGAAUACUAGACAAGCUGCACUAAAAUUAACCGCUAAUAGUGUUUAUGGUUGUUUAGGGUUUGCUGCUUCUCGAUUUUGUGCUCGAGGUUUAGCUGCUUUAGUUACUGGUUUAGGACGUGCUGUGUUGAUGAACACUAGAGACCUAGUGGAGAAUAUGAACUUGGAAGUUAUUUACGGUGAUACCGAUUCGAUUAUGGUUAAUACUAAUACAACAGAUUUAUUAGCUGCAUUAGCUAUCGGUGAGAAAGUACGCCAAGAAGUCAAUAAACACUAUCGUCUCUUAGAGCUUGACACAGAUGGUGUUUAUGCUGCUAUGUUGCUUUUAGCCAAAAAGAAAUAUGCAGCCUUAUCAAUUAUAAAUCCUGUUCAAUGGGCUACAGCAACAAAAAUAUCAAUUAGUCAAGGAUUACCACCACAAGCUGUUUCUACAAAACAGGAAAUGAAAGGAUUGGAUAUUGUUCGACGUGAUUGGUCUGCACUCGCUGUAUCUGUUGGUCGACGAUGUGUGGCUGCUUUAUUGUCCGGUGAACCAAAAGAUGUUAUAUUAGAUCGUAUACAUGCUGAUUUGACUGAUACAGCUCAAAAAGUGCGUCAAGGAAACUUACCUGUUUCAGAAUUUAUUAUAACCAAAAUGCUAACUAAAAAUCCAGAGGACUAUUCUGAUGUGAAAAGUCAGCCUCAUGUACAAGUAGCUUUACGUCUCAAUGGUUCUACUGCAGAUGAUAAGAAAAGUGGUACACGUCGAUUUCGUGCAGGAGAUACUGUCGAGUAUGUAAUAUGCGAAGAUGGUUCCGGACAACUUGCUACACAUCGUGGUUACAGUCCAACAGAGCUUACCAAUAGUUUGUAUAAAGCAUCUGACGAUUCAGAAUCAUCUACAAAAAGAAGUCUUUCAAUCGAUGUGAAUUAUUACUUGGCUCAUCAAAUCCAUCCUGUUGUUAGUCGACUAGUUGCACCUAUUGAAGGUACUUCUCCUGCUCGUAUUGCUGAUUGCUUAGGACUUGAUCCAUCAGGUUAUCGUCGUUCUAACAUAACUACUGUUGGAGAUGAUGAUGAUGAGAAUAAUCCAGAUGGUGGUUUUUCCUCUGGAUUCUCUAAUUUUACUAAUUGUGGAGAUGUUGAACCUUUCUACAUCAAAUGUCCACGAAAUUGUGAUGGUCCUCCAAUUGAAAUUAAAACAUCAGCUUUUAGUGUGGUUGGUAAAAGUUGGUUUUGUCCUACAUGUUCGCAUAACUUAUUGCUUUCACAAGAUUCUGCUCGCCUCGUUACUAAUCGCCUAGUUUUCGAGGCACGUCGCUUCAUUGUCCGCUAUCAGCUGGGCUGGAUGACUUGUGAAGAUCCUGCUUGUGCUGUAGUCACACGCUCUUUGCAUUGUCCUCCAAGUUCUGGUCAUCAUAAUGUUGGUGAAUCUGACAGUCUUUGGGCCCGCGGUGGACGUCCUCUUUGUGGAGUAUGUGGUGGUCAGGCAGUACUCAAGUCCAAUUACUCUGAGGCAAAGCUUUAUAAGCAGUUGUGCUUCUUCAGAUAUUUGGUAACUCCACCCAACAUGAAGAAUUCUGGAAGUAAUACUGAUAUGGAAACUAUUCUGCCUCAUGCGAUUUCCAGCAUUCUCUCGCAGUGUCGAAUUCAUUUUGAUCGCCUAUUGUCUCAUUCUGCAUUCGCAAUGGUGGAUUUAGGUAAACUAUUUUCCGGUCUCCGUACAACGUGCACUGGACCUGGGUUCCGCUGAACAAUAAGAUUACUUUUAACUACUCCUUUCUUAUUAUUCAUUUUCUUACUAAUAAAUGUAAAUAUUUAUUGUACUAGCAGUUGUUAUGUAUCCAGUUUAGGUAAAUAAACAAAUUUAAUACCAGA